UACCUGAUCAAAUAAUGGCUGACAUAUUCAGGGCUGCCAGGACUGGUGACUUGAGUGCUUUGCGAGAUGCCAUCAGGAGGGGGGCUGAUGUCAACAGUUUUAGGGAUGGGUGGACUCCGCUCAUAAGUGCAGCCUUUAAUGGUCAUACUAACUGUAUUAGAGAGCUGCUCUCCUCAGGAGCAGUGGUGGACCUGGCUAACAAGAAUGGGGAGACUCCACUCAUGGGGGCAGCCAGUGGAGGGCACACUGACUGUGUUAAAGAGCUGCUCUCCUCAGGAGCAGUGGUGGACCUGGCUGACAAGGCUGGGGUUACUCCACUCAUGUGGGCAGCCAGUGGAGGUCACACUGACUGUACUAGAGAGCUGCUCUCCUCAGGAGCAGUGGUGGACCUGGCUACCAAGGAUGGGUGGACUCCACUCAUGGUGGCAGCCAGUGAAGGUCACACUGACUGUACUAGAGAGCUACUCUCCUCAGGAGCCUUAGUGGACCUGGCUGACAAGGAUGGGCGGACUCCACUCAUAUUGGCAGCCAGUGGAGGGCACACUGACUGUGUUAUACAGCUACUCUCCUCAGGAGCAGUGGUGGACCUGGCUAGCAAGGAUGGGCGGACUCCACUCAUGGGGGCAGCCUAUAUAGGUCACACUGACAUUGUUAGACAGCUACUCUCCUCAGGAGCCGUGGUGGACCUGGCUGACAAUGAUGGGGACACUCCACUCAUGGAGGCAGCCAACUGGGGACGUGUAGAUACAGUAAAGACCCUUCUCUCAUCAGGGGCUUCUGUUCUCUGCACUAAUAAUGAUGGACAGACAGCUCUGAUGAGAGCCAAGGAAUCAGAAUACUCUAACCCUUCAAUAAUAAAGCUGCUGGAGGAAGCUACUGAAUCACAUUCACGUCCGCAUUCUGUUCCAGUCCUACCCAGGAACUGGACUAUUGUAACCGACGAAGAAACGAAGAAGCCAGUCUACCAGAACAAGGCAGCAGGGGAAACCGUCUCUACACCACCUGGAUAUCCCCUGCACCAAACCUCCGCACACCCUGAUGUCACUUUUUACGACAAGCCUCAAGAGAAGGAGUUCACCUCCAGUGGUGGUCAUGCCGAUUUUGAUAAUGGAGUUCACGUGACUGUUCCAGCUAAUGCUGUCCCAGCAGGGACCUCUGUGGGCAUUAAAGUCCAACCCAGCCUUGCAUCCAAAGAGGUAUUUGUGAUGCCUGAGGGCAUUCAGUCUGCCAGUCCGUCCUACUUGAUCUCUGGUGAAGGUCUAAACGGAGAGGUGACCCUGAGCAUGGAGCAUCAUGUACGAGUGUCCACCCAACAAGAAGCUGAUGACCUCCUCUUUCUCCAAGCUGACUCGUCUCCCAAGAGAUCUGGUUCUCAUAGUGUCUAUGAGUACCAGAAAAUACCAGAGGGGAGAUCAGAGUUCUCUCCUGGAGGGAACACUGGGAGACUGACGCUGGGCACACGGCUGAAGAACUUCUUCAAAAUUGGACGGAAAAAUAGAGGCAAGACUAACAGUAACCUCUACACUGUCAGAGUCUACCGGUCUCCUCCACACACAACUGGGGACAGGCUAGCCAUCAUUGCUGUCAGUCUCUUUGGGAGCUUAUACGCUAAGUUUCUGGAGACGCUUGAUAUAGUGUUGAUCCCACGAGACUAUCCCAAUGUUUUGAGAGAAGCGGCUGACAGGACAACUCAAGGACCACUGACGUUUGUUGAUAUGUGUGCCACUCUCAACAUUCACCCAGUGCAGGGAUGGUCUGUGGAACCAGACAAGGAAUUGAUCUUGCGUAGUGGAGUGGAUCAGCCUGAGGUAGAGAAGUUCAGACCUGAGGAUCUCCACGACUACCCUCCCAGGAUAAUCUGUAGAUUCUUCCUUGAGGAGAAUGCUCCCAAGAGAACCACCUGUUCCAUCUCCUUGUCUGGACUACUACCACAGGAUGAAUUUUACGUAUCAUUGACAGCACCCACUCCCAAAGUUGCUAUGGAUACUACUAAACUACAGGACCAUGAUACAGUCAGAGAAGAGGUGCCUUCUAAAUUAGGACCAUCCGCUAAACAAGUCACUCUUCAAGAACUAGUAGAGCAAUACAAUCUGACUGACGAGCAACUCAACAGUGAAAUAGAGGUUCCUGAUACUCCCGAAUUGGCCUUAUGUUUUGAUGAUGUGGAACUUUAUUCGAGUGCAAUGGGGCUAGCUAUUGCUGAACAAGCCGAUGUGAACCAAUCACGUGGAACUCAAGCAGCCAUGAUGAAGUGCUUGCAAAUCUGGAAACAACAUAAUCCUUCACAAGCAACUUACAGAGCUCUACUGGAUAUCGCACUGAGAUUGGGGAAAGGAGACACAGCUCAUCAAAUCUGUCAGCAAUUGACCCAACGAGGUGUGAGAGGUGUGGUCACUGGCUCGGACUGUAUACAGGUUGAGGCUGGCGUUGCACGGAAGGUUCCGACUGUAGCCAGCACUGUGGUGGACAUUAAUGAAGCCACUGAAGUACUGAGGAGAACAGUUGGUGAGAUGACCACCUCACAGCUUGGCUCUACUGUGGAGACUGUACUGUCACUAAUGGAGAAAAUAACAGCUGCACUUCAGUCAUCUUCUCUGAGUGAGCUGACAGCCCACACUGACUCCAUACGGACAGAGAUAGCGUCUGUCCUUGUAGUGACCAGGAGGGUUGUGGAAGAGUGCACAGUACAGAGCAUCAGUGAAAACAUGGGAGCCAGUCUCUCUAAGAUAGAGAUUUUAUCUCACCAGCUUUGUCAUGUGGCCAAGGUUAAAAUCAGAUACUGUCUAGGUACAGACCAGUCAGAGGAGACAGCUGCUCUUGUUGACCUGGUGGAGAAUGGAGCUAAUCUGUUGAGAGCUGUGGACUGUCUACUCAGGGACAUCCACACACUCAGUGGAGUCAGUGGUAACGCUGGCUACAGUGUGCUGGUGAGCUGCAGUGAGAAGAUAGUCCAGUCACUCUCUGAGGAACCGAAGGCCUUGGCCCUCCACCUCCUGUCAGCUGGGCUCAUCACUGAUCGUGUGUUGCAAAAGACUAACCAGCUAAACGAGAUCAAAGCUGACAAAGCCACCAGACUGUACACUGCCUUAUUGGAUGUGGUCAAACACCACCCCCACAAGUACCGCGACUUUGUAUCCACUCUCAGACUCAACCCACUACACACUGACUUGGUCACACUAUUAGAUAGCAAGUACACGUAGUUUGUCCGCACGUAUAUACACAUAAUUAUUUUUUGUCUUUUUGUUUAUUAUCCUUGAUUUAAUUUUGUCUGAGUCUUGAAUUUUUAUACUGAAUUACAUUCUUAACACAAAA